UCGUGCGCCGACAUCGCCGCGCUCGCCGCCCGCGACUCCGUCCAGCUAGCUGGCGGGCCAAGGUACGCCGUCCCGCUAGGCCGCCGCGAUGGGCUUGCCCCCGCGUCCCUGGACACCAUCUUGGGCGCGCUCCCGCCGCCGACCUCCAAGGUCCCUGUGCUCCUCAGCUUCCUCGCCAAGAUUGGCCUCAACGCCGACGACCUGGUGGCGCUCUCCGGCGCGCACACGCUGGGGAUCGCGCACUGCGGCUCCUUCGAGGAGCGGCUGUUCCCCAAGGACGACCCCACCAUGGACAAGUUUUUCGCCGGCCACCUCAAGCUCACUUGCCCGCGGCUCAAGGUGGACAACUUCACCGCCAACGACAUCCGCACGCCGGACGUGUUCGACAACAAGUUCUACGUCGACCUGCUCAACCGGCAGGGCCUCUUCACCUCCGACCAGGACCUGCACACCGACGCCAAGACCAAGCCCAUGGUCACUAGGUUCGCCGUCGACCAAGCCGCCUUCUUCGACCAGUUCGUCAAGUCCAUGGUGAAAAUGGGGCAGAUCAACGUGCUCACUGGCAACCAGGGCCAGAUCCGCACGGACUGCUCCGUGCCCAACGCCGCCCGCAGCGCCGGUGACGAGCUGCCGUGGUCCGUCGUCGAGACCGCCGUUGAGACUUUAGUGUUGUAGGUAGUAGGGUUUAGUCCAUGGAUGGAUCUCAAGCUUGUUUUAUGUUUUGGCAAGGUUUGGACUUUGGAAGUCAGAGUGCAUGCGUGUUUAGUUUGUUGAGCAAGACCGAACCAGUUGAGUAAUAAGGACUUGUUUUGUAUCUACCCAUGUAAUAACUAGACGAACGCUCAUGUGAACAUUUGGUUGA